AUGGCUGCACUAAACACCGCCACCACAUCGGCGGUAGAAUCCACAUCCGUUGCGGUGGCGUUAUCCUCGGAAGAGCUGGCUGCCAAGGCGGUGCAUAAGAGAUAUGAGGGCUUGGUGAUGGUACGCACCAGGGCUGUAAAGGGCAAAGGAGCUUGGUACUGGGCGUAUUUUGAGCCAAUUCUUGUGCACAAUUCUGAUACUGGCUUAGCCAAGGCUGUAAAAUUACGGUGUUCAUUGUGCUUAGCUGUUUUCUCCGCCUCUAACCCGUCGAGAACCGCCACUGAACAUCUUAAACGAGGGACUUGCCCAAAUUUUGCUUCAGCUCCCAAACCUAUUUCUUCAGUGCCUUCGUCUUCUUCAGUUUUGGUUGCUAAUAUGGGGUCUAGUACUAAUACUUCGUCUUCUCCUCAGCAACCCCACAGCCAACACCGGAAGCGUAGUUCUUCUGGUGGUACUCGUGGCGAGGGUGGAGGAGGAGGCAGUGGAGCUUCUGUAGGCAUUAUUACGACGCUAUCGCCUCACAAAAUACCGCCAUUGGCCAUUGUGGAUCCUUCAAGAUUUGCAGUGGAGUUAGCUCACCCUCCUGUACUUUCAGUAGCCAAUACUAGUAUUGUUGUUGCAUCUGCUAGUGCAAGUCCUCGCGGUGGGGGUGGCAGCGGCAGUGGUGGUGUGUUGUAUGGACAACAGCAACAGCAGCACCAACUAGUGCUGUCUGGUGGAAAGGAAGAUUUGGGACCUCUAGCAAUGUUAAAGGAUAGUGUAAAGAGACUGAAGAGUCCCACAGCAUCAACUACACCAGCAUUAAGCAAAUCCCAAGUUGAUGCCGCACUGAAUUAUCUUGCUGAUUGGUUUUAUGAGUGUUGUGGGUCAGUCUCAAUUUCAAGUCUUCAGCACCCUAAAUUCAAGGUAUUUCUCAACCAGGUUGGGUUGCCUGCAAUUUCGCGAAGAGAAUUCUUGGGGUCGAGAUUAGAUGCCAAGUACGAGGAGCUCAAAGCCGAGUCUGAGGCCAAAAUUCGAGAUGCAAUGUUCUUUCAGAUAGCAUCGGAUGGUUGGAAGUCAAAGAAUGAUGGUAGUUUUGGGGAUGACAAUUUUGUGAAUUUGACAGUAAAUCUUCCCCAUGGGACUAGUGUGUUUAGGAGGGCGGUUUUUACUAAUGGUUACGUGCCGUCUAAAUAUGCAGAAGAGGUUUUGUGGGAAACUAUUACUGAAAUUUGUGGGGGCUCAGUGCAGCAAUGUGUAGGUAUAGUUUCAGACAAGUUUAAGGCUAAGGCAUUAAGGAAUUUAGAGGAUCAGCAUCCUUGGAUGGUUAAUCUUUGCUGUCAAUAUCAAGGUUUCUAUAGUCUGGUUAAGGCUUUCGGCAAAGAGCUUGCGUUAUUCAAGAAUGUGACUGAGAGAUGUUUGAAAUUGGCAAAUUUUGUUAACAAUAAGUCUCAAAUUCGACAUAGUUUUCGUAAGUAUCAAUUGCAGGAAUAUGGGCAUGCUCAUUUGCUGAGAGUACCCUUGCGUGGUUAUGAAAGAUCAGAUUUCGGUCUAGUGUACACAAUGUUAGAAGACAUACUGUGUUCUGCACGGGCUCUUCAAUUAGUACUCUCAGACGAGGCGAACAAGAGAAUGUUUAUGGAGGAACCAAUUGCUAGAGAAAUCGAAGAAAUGAUGAGGAAUCCGCAUUUUUGGAAUGAAUUAGAAGCGGUGAAUUCCUUAGUUAAGUUGGUGAAGGCAAUGGCUCAGGAGAUUGAGACGGAGAAGCCACGGGUUGGACAAUGCCUUCCACUUUGGGAAGAGCUUAGGCUGAAAGUAAAAGAUUGGUGUUCUAAAUUUCACAUUGUAGAAGGACCUGUGGUGAAAGUGAUAGACAGGAGGUUCGAAAAAAAUUAUCAUCCAGCUUGGGCUGUGGCAUUCAUACUCGAUCCACUUUAUUUGAUUUCGGACAGCAGUGGGAAAUACUUACCGCCCUUCAAAUUCUUGACACCAGAACAAGAGAAGGAUGUCGACAAGCUCAUAACAAGGCUUGUAUCUCGGGAGGAGGCACACAUUGCACUUAUGGAGUUGAUGAAGUGGAGAACAGAAGGGCUUGAUCCGGUUUAUGCUCAAGCCGUUCAAUUGAAGCAAAGGGAUCCCAGUACUGGAAAGAUGAAGAAUGCCAACCCCCAAAGCAGCAGGCUCGUAUGGGAAACGUACUUGACAGAUUUUAAGUCAUUAGGGAAGGUAGCAGUUAGGUUAAUUUUCCUUCAUGCAACAUCGUGCGGUUUCAAAUGCGACUGGUCUUUACUUAGAUGGGUAAGUGCUCAUUCCCAUUCAAGGGUGGGCAUGGACCGGGCGCAAAAGUUGAUAUUCAUUGCUGCUCAUUCAAAGAUCGAAAGACGGGAUUUAUCCAAUGACGAAGAUAAGGAAGCAGAGCUAUUUGACUUGGAAAACGGUGAGGACGAUGUGCUCAAUGAGGUUUUUGUUGAUACAUCCUCUGUAAGCGUUUGA